UACUAACUUGAUUUUUGUUUUAUGUUAUAGCGUCUAGAGCAAGCGGCUGAGAAGGAGGAGGAAUUGACGCCAGAACAGAAGGCUGCAGAGAAGCUCCGGCGCCAGAAAUUGCAGGAGGAGUCUGAUUUGAGGCUUGCCAUGGAAACAUUUGGCAUAGAGAGUGGUGGUUCGGGCAAGCUGGACGGCUUCAACCCCACCACAAAGGAGGAGUUCACAGAGUUUGCCGACUUGCUCUGCACUAAAAUCAACUUGUACAAGAACAGGGAGGAGUUCCCCGCCUUUGUUGAUGAACUGGUCAAAAAUAUUAUUUUACAAAUGGCAUCUGCUGACAUAAAAAGGAUAAAAUUGACAGUGGACAACCUUUACAUUGAGAAACAGAAGGCAGAAAAGAAUGAAAAGUCAAAGAAGCCCAACAAGGGCAAAGGAAAGGCCAAAUUAAAAGUGGAAGGCGAUAAUGCUCACCUCAAUCAAUAUGACGCAUACGGCAACUACGACGACGAUUACGACGAUUUCAUGUAAACACACACACAAACAUACACACAGCAACGAUACCUGGCCUCUGACUCAAAGAGAUCACCUCACUUUCAAUGUGAAGCUCAUCGGUAACUUGUUUAUCUACUUAAAGAAGUCUGUUUAGUCUUGCAUGGGUAAGGUAUACAGACAAGAAUUUAGACAGUAUAUAGUGUGUAAAACUGAAGUUUAUACACACAAACACACUUGGUCUAUCGACUUACCACUACAUGCAGAGUUAAAUGGACUUUCUGUAGUUUGAAACACAAACAUAGGGAUUACCAUGUUUAUGUUAAUUUUUUUUUGUUUGCAGCUGUUUUGUGUUCUUUUUCUGCCUAUGUUUAGCGUAAAGCCUAAUUUCUCUGUUUGAAGCAAAAAUUAGUUAAAAAUUAAAAUUACAAAUACCUCAGUAUUUGAACUAACAACAACUGGAUUAUCAUGAAAAAGAAAUUUAAGUUUAUAAUUAUGCAGUAAUUUAUAUUUCCUGCUCAUUGAUCAGUUGCCUUAAUUAUGUGGUUUAUUUCCUUUAAUAGUUUUACUGUACUUAAUGGUAACAUAACAGAAUACAAUAACAAAUAUAUAGCAAACUUUAAUUAACAAAAAAUUGUAAUAAAUAUUAAUUACUUUUUUUUUAACAAUCUAAGCUGGGGUCAGAAAUCGUAAAACAAAAUAACAAGCAUACAAAUUUAAAAUUAUGUUUCACAUUAAAAGUGAUGUGACUAAAUAUAUUUUUCUAUAAUAAUCACAAUAAUGUAUAAAAUGCUUCGACUCGAAUUCAUAUAUUUCAAAAUUAAAUUAUUUUAAUGUGUUGUAAAUACAUCCAUCUGGUAUGGAUUUUUAAUAAUUUAUAAUGAUUAUUUUUAUGGAAUUCAUAGCGUUUUUGCAGUAGGUAUAUGUGACGAAAAUAUCUAGAUAACUUAUUUCAUGGGUAUUCACAUCGGUCUCCCAUUAAAAAGUGGAUGCACAAUCAGCGACCAAAAAAUGUCCUUACUCAAUGAGUGCCAAACACAACUUCUUGGCACUCAAUUCAAGUAGUCGCAUUUGCAAAUUUAACCUUAAACUCAAUGCUUAAGGUUGAAUUUGGGAUUUUAUUGAUUAAUGGACUAUAUUUAAAAGCUUUUAGGUAUAAUUUUCUUUACCAAUAAUCCUAAAACUGUCAAAGCAAAAUUGGCCAGUUUUAAGUGAAAUUUUUUACAUGAUUGUGCGUCCUUUUAUUAUAAGAGGUCAAUGGGUAUUUUAACAUAAAACUGUUAUUGUUGUAUAAACCGUUUAUUUUUUUUUUAAUUUAUCUUUUUUUAAAUAUUGGCCUACAACUUACUGAAGUUUUUUAUAGAAGACCUCAAAAACUAUAAAAUAGUUUUGCUAAGUCUACCUAAUGCACUUCAUUUUAAAGGAUAUCUGUACUAUUAAAUAGUGUAUUAAUACAAAUUUAAUCUCUAAUUUAAGGUAUAUUAGGUUGAUUUUACUUGAAAUUUUUUUUCUAUUCUUGAACUAUAUACCUACAUAAAACCUUUAAAAAAUCACAAAAACACCUAAAAAUUUUAAUGAGUUAUUGAAAGAAAUUGCGAAAUUAUAUUUGUAUAUAAUGAUUUCGAAUUUAUAUUUAGUUUGAAAUUUCGAGUCCUAUGUAAACUAAGUUUGUUAUCUAAGUACAUUUUAUUGUAUAAACAUCGUUUUUUUUUUCAUUCAGUCAUGUCUCCAAUUGCUUUUUUAAUUUCUUGAAAUUGUAUUUUUAGUCUAGGACUGAUAAAUAUAAAUAAUAUUGUCAUCACAUUUAUUUUUAAUAUAUUAGGGAACAUGUACACAGUCAGUAAUAAUAUUGACUAUAUUAUUGAAUGUGUGUAGACACCCUUAUAGUCAUAUGUCUUCAGAG